UUAGGCUUUUACUUUGGAGGCCCUUUACCGGAAAUACAAUUGUUGACGCUACAAGCGAGCCAAGAUGGCGGAGUACCUAGCAUCCAUUUUUGGGACAGAAAAAGAUAAGGUGAACUGCUCUUUUUAUUUUAAAAUUGGUGCCUGCCGACAUGGUGACCGCUGCUCCAGAUUACACAAUAAGCCGACAUUUAGCCAGACGAUUGCCCUCCUGAACAUUUACCGGAACCCCCAGAACAGCGCCCAGUCUGUGGACGGCCUGACCUGUACCAUCAGUGACACGGAGAUGCAGGAGCACUAUGAUGAGUUUUUUGAGGUAAUUCAUUCCCUUGUGAAGUAUUUCUCAUGUUGUGCCUCUCUGCCUCAAACCAUGACCGCACCACUUUUCCACUGGUGCAUUUGUUUCUAACCGUGUUUGAGGUAAUUAACUCAUUCACUGCCAGCCAUUGGCAGUGAAUGAGUUAAACCCAUUGACUCAUUCACUGCAAUUGACGGCUAUAGACGUCAAUGGCAGUGAAUGAGUUAAUGAAGAUCCAUUCUCAAGAACUAAAAAUAAAAGAUGCAAAGUUGUUGGAUUGGUGUGACAUCAUGCAAAAUAUAGUUUUUGUUGGGCAAUUGGAUGACAACUGAUGUCAUUCUGAUGUCUGUAUGGUGAACGUCAACCAGCAGUUAGUUUGCUUAGUCUAAGAUAAAUACUGGAUAUGGGGAACAGCUUGGGUUAAAACAGCUAAAUGUUGUGUUCAUUGAUUUGGAAAAAGAUCUAUUUUGGUGCUCUUUCAAAGAUUUUACAUGCGUAUCUUAACUAACUGAUAGCUGCUGUUGCACAUUCACUGAACAAACAGAAGAGUGGGUUCAGAUAUCUUCUUCAGCUUCCCACUGAGAAAGGAGUCGUGCAUAUUUUCCUUUAACGGGCUCUUAACUGAUUUGUUGUAGUCAAUGCUCACAAUGCGCACACAGUGUUGGGAAGGUUACUUUUAAAAUGUAUUCCACUACAGAUUACAGAAUACAUGCCCGAAAAUGUA